AUGCCGUCGUCCUACCCAAUAGCGCGCUUCCGCCGCCGCAGCAUCGAGGCGCGCGGCAUCCGCGUCGGCUACAAGCCGCGGCCGGGGGAGGUGCUGCAGAAGCAGCCGCCGCAGAGCGUGGCAGCGGCCGGCGCUGGUGCGGCUGCGGCAGCGGGUACGGCGACUCCGGGAGUGACUGCGGUGGCGGCGCGGGCCCCCUCUGACAGUUACCUCGAGGUUGUCCUGCCUUUUGCCAGCAGCCAAAACCUCAGGGAUGAGUACGAGCGCUUCCAGAUGGGCCGCGUGCGUGUGGGCCUUGUGCUGGAGGACAUCGACUCAUUCGCAGCCGACAUCGCGGCGAGGCACCUGUACGGCGCAGUGCAGAACUUUGCCAUUGUGACCGCUGGCGUGGACCGCCUGCAGCUGGUGACUCACGAGCAGCACGUGCAGCAGCUGCGCCUUGGGGCGUGCGCCAAUGCGGAUGGCUGCAACGGCAACGGCGCCGAGCCGCCCGCGGGCUCACCCUGCCCUGCUGCCACGGCAGAGGCGGACGGGGCCGUGUCAGACGGCGCCGAUUGGGCAGCGCCCCCCGCGCCUGCAGCGCUGGACGAGGCAACGCGGCGUGAGCUGCAGCGGGCCGUGGUGGAGGCGCCGGCCGGCAGCGACCAGGCGUGCGGCGGCCCCCUGCUGAUUGACAACGACCUGCGGCUGGCGGGGUGCGUCACGUGGGUGGGGCGCAGCAGCCUGGAGGUCACCAUAGAGCUGGCAGACCGCCCCAGGGCCCAAAUGGAGGGGGCAGCAGGUGCUGGCGGCGGCGAGGCGCCCGCCUUGGGCGCGGAAGGGACGUCGGGCAGCCGCGGCGGGUGGCGGCGACGCGGCGUGGCGCACUUCAUCCUGGUGGCGCGGAUAGACCCUGCGGGCGGUGGGGCGGAGCGCGCGCCGCAGCUCGUGGCGGCGACGCCCGAAGAGGAGGCGCUCCUGGCUGAGGCGGCCGCACGCCAGGAGGAGCGGCGCGUGAAGCGCGCGGCCGAGGCGGACGCGUCUGCGGCGCAGCUCGCUGGCGCGCCGCCCACCAUCGGCCCCGACGCGCUGCUGCUGCAGCAGCUCGUGGCGCGCGCACGCGAGCAGCAGGCGGAGAAGUGGCAGCAGCAGCGCAGGGGCGGCAGCGGUGCCGGCGCGAGUGGCGCGGACGGGCCGCAGGCGGUGCCCAUGGGCACGACCGCGCUGCGCACGCCCGUGAUCAUGCACCACCAGGACCGCAACAUCACCAACGCCGUGUUCGGGGGCCACAUCCUGCGCAGCGCGUACGAGGCCGCCUACGCCACCGCCGCGCUGCACGCGGGCGUACACCCCGAGCCGCUGUCAAUGAGUGACAUCACCUUCAAGCAGCCCGUCACCGUGGGGUCCAUCGUCGAGUUUGAUGCCAAGGUUGUCCUGACGCAUGGGGACCUGAUGCGCGUGUCGGUGCAGGCCAUAAAGCACGAACCAGCCACCAGCCCCUUGGGCCGGGGCGUGCCCCAGCGUGCGCAGCAGGCGCUGACCACAACUUUCAGCUUCCUCUUCGCUGCGCCACAAGGCGCCGUGGUACCGCCCGUGCGGCCCGACAGCCUGGCAGACGCAGCAGACUGGCUGGUGGCGGCACGGCAGCACACAGAGGAGGGGUACCCGCCGCCGCCUGUCGCCGCCUGGGGCUCAUCACCGCGGCCGCACAUGUGA